CCUCUUCUACUUUGGUCUCAUCAUUUUUGCUUCUUGCCCUUCUCCGGCUUGCCUGCCUACUCCCUCCAGGACGCCUGGCGUGUAGAAUCGGCCCGGCCACCGGAUCUGGUCAAGCCGUCCGUCAGCGGUGAGGGCACUUUGAACAGUUUUGACCUCUCCACAACCGUUGCCCCAUCGCCAGCCCACUCGGUCCCUCGGACGACGACCCUACCAACAUUGUCGACUGGCGAUCCGACCCACCGACACACCAGACACCGACCCAACACCAUGACUACACCAACACCGACACCAACAGCAAUGUCGAAGGUGACAUCACAGUUGGCGUUUACCUCGACAACGUCGUCUGGCCCCGUGGCCGACGUGGGCCAAUGGUUCGCCGGCUCUCUGUUGCCAUCGCGAUCGCAGCAAGCGAGCUUGAGUCGAAUGUCUCCCGUCCUCUCUGAGUCCGUCCCUGCUGCCACCACGACACGCUACUCAGUCCAGGGCCCGGCCAGCGUCUCGGUCUGCCCACCGGCUGCCUUUGAGUUUUUCUCCACCAUUCACACCGCCAACUCAACCGGUCGUCUUCACCCUUCCCCAGCCAUUUUGUAUGGCUUCUUUUGUGUCGCCAUGCCUACCUGUUCACGCUCAUCGCGCUUGAUAUGUGGCUGUACCAUGCGCCUCGCCUGUGGCGUCCUGUAA